AUUAGUUGUUGUUCUCUUGUCAGGUGUUGUUUUUGUAAAUAUUCGGACAAUUCAGUGCACAAUAUCAGUAUUCUAAGUACCURCCUAUAUGUGAGAUGCCUAAUCCUGUGUUCGAAGAAACAAUUAUACCAAGACAUUUGGAUUUAUUUUGCCGAAAAGAUGAUGGAGUAAGCUCUAUUGCGACCAGACUAGACGGAGGUUCAAGUGUGAAAAAAACUGCAGACAUGGCGUAUGUUAGCAAACACAAUGAUUAUAAUAAAAAGCCGACUGAUGAGCGCAAAUCAUCAAGCGGUUCAGAUUCUUUCAUGGGAGAUGCACGUAGACUAAGUGAAGCUGGUGUAAGACGUAGUUCAGGAAACAGUGUUGUUCUUACAGAAGAUACAGACAAAUUUAUCAUCGGCAAUCGAAUUUGGGUGGGUGGAACUAAGCCCGGGCAAAUCGCAUACAUAGGUGAAACCAAUUUUGGAAACGGGGAUUGGGCUGGUGUAGUACUUGAUGAACCCAUUGGUAAAAAUGAUGGUUCCGUGGGYGGAACAAGAUAUUUUCAAUGUGGACCUAAGAGAGGCAUAUUUGCUCGUCUGACUAAUCUUACUUCUGCUCCUUUGGGUUCUGUUGAAGAUUCAAUGGUUCAAAAUUCAUUUGCCGCAACUAAACCAUUAGGGUUUUCAACUCCUAUGCCUAAACGGCAAGGUUCAACUGUAACAGCUACUAAAACUGCCCCAAAAAGUAUUAGUCAAACACCUAUAGCAAAAAGUAGCAGUGAUUUAAAAAUUGGUGAUCGUGUAAUUAUCAGCAGUGGACAAGGAUCUAAAUUGGGAAUUCUAAGGUAUCGUGGCGCAACUCAAUUUGCACCAGGAGAAUGGUGUGGUAUUGAAUUAGAUGAUCCUCUUGGAAAAAAUAAUGGAACUGUGGAAGGAAUUAAAUAUUUUGAAUGUGAAGAUAAAUUUGGCUUAUUCACGCCCAUUGCUAAGGUUUCAAAAUCGCCAAUGUCUGCCAGUCGAAUGUCAACGAAUUGUGCUAUUCACAAGACAAAACGUUCUCCAGGUUCUAUGAAUGGAUCUAUGAUUAGUGGUAUUACAACAACCACCAUGUCAUCAAUACCAACUCGGGAUGAUGAAAAAGAAAAAGUUCAAAAUCUACAGUUUACCAAUGAAGAACAAAAUGUUGCUAAUAUUGAGUUACAAAAUAAAAACACUGAACUUUUAAUAAAGAUUAAAGAACUAGAUUUUGAUUUAGCUAAAGAAMGGAAUCUAGCUAAAGAUGUAGAAAAAGAAAAAAUGAAGAUUUUUGAAAAAGAAGAAGAAUUGUGUAGAGUAAAAGAAGAGUUAGAAACUCUAAAGAAAUUAAUAAACAACAAUGAAGAUGAAUUACAAAAAUCAGUUUCAAAUUUAAGUUCAGAAGUAGUUGAUAAAGAAGCGAUUUUAAAUACAUUACGUCAAACAUUGAAUGAAAAUUCUCAAACUCAUGAUCGCUUAUUAAAAGAAGCUAAUGAAAAUUUAUCUGCUACUACAGAACGAUUAACCAAAGUAAUAGAAGAAAAAGAAAAAAAAAUUGAACAGAAUCAAGAGAUGAUUGACCAAUUAAACGAAGGUAUAAAAUGUUUGAGUGCAUUAAAAAAUGAAGAACACGAUGAUAUCGUAAAUAAUCUUAAAAAUGAGCUUUCAAAAUUAAAAGAUGAAUAUAAAGUAAUCAUUGAUGAAAAAGAGAAAGAUAAUAAAAUUAUUCAAGAGAAUCAUAUCAAAAUUGAAGAUGAACUCAAACAAGAAUUAAAAAAAUUAUCUGAAAYUAAAAAUCAAGAGAUUAAACAACUAGAACAAAAAAAUCUUGAAGAACUAGAAAAGCUUAAAAAUGCUAAUCAAAACAUAAAUACAGAAUUAAAAGCAGCAUUAAAAUCUGUACAAGAUCAAACAAAUGUAAUAGCAGAUUUAGAGAAAAAAUACAAAGAUUUAGAACUUCAACAAAAUUCUACUAGAAAUGAAUUAGAAAAAGAACUUACUACAAAACUCAGUAUUGUUGAAAAUGAAUUAAAAUAUUUAAAAUCUGAAAAAUCAAUGUUAGAAGAAAAACACGAAAAUUAUAUAAAAGAAACAGCAAAUGCAACAAAUGUCUUAGACAAUCAACUAAAACAWAACAAUAUUUUAAUAGAAAAUCUAAAUAAAUCAUUAAAUGAAUUAACUUUAUCAAAACAAAAUGAAUUAGAAUCUAUAAAAAAACAAUUAUUGCAGUUGGAAGAAGAACGAGAUGAAUUAUUAAAGCGACAAAGUUUAGAAUUAUCCAUUAAAGAUGAACUAAUAAAUACACUAUCCAAUAAACUUGAACUGUCAUUAACAGAAAAACAAAAACAAGAUUUAAGUAAUGCUAAUUUACAGACUGAAUUAACAAAUGAAACUACAAAGUAUCAAACGACUAUUAAAAAUUUGCAAAACAAAAUUGAUGAAUUAGAAUUAAAUAUUGCAUCAAAUCGUGAAUCAUUUAAAUCUGAAAUAGAAUUAUUAAAUAAUGAAAAACUAACAAGUAUGUCAGAAAAUUUGAACCUUUUAGAAAAAUUAAAGUCUCUGGAAAAUUCAAAGUUGAAUCUUGAAGAGAAAUUAUUGUCUAAUGAAGCUUGUGUACAAGAUAUUCAGAAUUUAAAUGAUGUAAUUGAAGAAAAAAAGAAAAUUAUAGAUGAUAAUCAAAUAAAAAUUAAACAGUUAGAUAAUUUUKUUAUACAAACCAAAAAUGAAUAUGAUGUUAUUCUCAAACAAAAAGAAGAAGAAAUCAAGGAGCUGUUAAAAAUUGGAGAAGAAAAAAUGGAAAUAGAAAAGUUGUCAUUAGAAGAAAAAACUAAAGUUAUAUUAGAUGAUAAAAAUAAAGAAAAUUCAAUGCUUCGCCAAAAAAUUGUAGAUCUAGAAAAUAUGAAAAAAGAUUUAGAAAUACAAUUAGAAAUGGGUAAAUCACUUGAACAAGAUUUGAAACAAUCAAAUGAAAUAAUCCACGAUAAAAUAAAAAAUAUUAAUGAUAAGGAUUUGAAGAUUGAAGAGCUGAAUAACGUAAUUAAUCUAACCAAAAAUGAAUUUGAAAAUAAAUUAUUGGUGAAAGAAAAUGAAAUCAAAGAUUUAUCAAAAGUUGCUGAGGAAAAAUUAAUCAUUGAAAAGAAACAAAUAGAAAAACAGAAUAAGGCAAUGUUGGAAGAUAAAAAUAAUGAAAUUUCCAGUCUUAUGGAAAAACUUAGUAUUUUAGAGAACUCUAAAACAAGCGUCGAGCAACAAUUAAUUGAAACAAACAAAAAAAAUAUUGAAAAAAAAUAUGAAGAAACUUAUAAUAAUUUAAAAAUUAAAGAAAAUCAAAUCUUAGUGUUGCAAACUGAGCUGAAUUCUUGGAAGUUAAAGGAUACAGAGAAAACCAAAAAUAAUAAUGAUCAAGAAAAAACAGAUAAAUCUGAAGCCCAUUUAUUAGCAGAAAAAAAUCAAGAAAUUAAAAUGUUGAAUUCCAUAAUAUUAGGCUUACAUAAAAAGUUAUCUGCUGUUAUGGAAACUGAUGUUUCUGACUAUGAAGUUGAGAAAAAUCCUCAAAGUGUUUCAAAAGAAGAUUAUCAAAAGUUAUACAAAACAGCUAAGAACAAUGUUAAACUAAAGGAGUGUGAAAAUUUAUCAUUGAAACAAGAGAUUAAUAAACUAAAAACCGAAAAUGAACGUUAUUCCGAGUUUAAAACGAAAUGUGAAAUUUUAGAAAAUGAUAAGAAAUCACUUCAAAAAUUGAUAGUUAGUUAUGAUAGCUCAAUCCCAACAAAUGUUAAAAGUGAAAAAAGUGGUACUAAAUCUGAAACAGAAAAAAUACUAGAGGAAAAAGACUGGCAAAUAAAUUUGUUAAAUAAUAUAAUUGCUGAUCUUCAUGCCAAAGUGUCUGAUAAUAAAUUUAAAAUUGAAGCACUAGAAGCCCAAAUUUUGGACUCUGGAGUAGAUCAAAGCAAAAAAACACGUUUAAGAACUACUCGUCUUUACUGUGAAACAUGUGAAAUAUUUGAUUCACAUGAUACCGAAGAUUGUCCUGAAAAACCAGAAUCUCCAAAAAUCCAAAGGAAACGAAGAGUAGUUAAUGAUGAUUCAAAUAAAAUGAUUGAUGAACCAUUUUGCGUAUGUUGUGAUAUGUUUGGACAUACAGCUGACGAAUGUGACAACUCAUUAACCUUUUAGUUUGGUUUGGACCAUGUUGCCGAUUGCUUGGUAUCAAAUUAA